GCUCUUCACUGUCCAGUGUCCUAGUCGUUCGCCCAGUUCUCCCAAUAUCGACAAAAUGAGCGGCAAGGGUGUCAAACGCGCUUCCCCGGGGGCAUCGACUGAAAAGAACCCGCUCGGCGAUGUGGAGCUGACCGACGAGGAUGCCGCCAAGCUGAACGACAUCCAGAAGGAAAUCGCGCGUACAGAGCUGCUGCUAGAGCGCCGUGCACAGGAGGCACUGUACCCUGUGUAUGAGAAGCGUCGUGCAAUCCUCAAGGGCAUCAAUAAGUUCUGGCCUGUCGCGCUCAUGAACAACAGCAUGUUCGCGUUACAUGCGCAGCACAACUCGGACCAGGUCGCGCUUAGCUACCUGGAGGAUGUCUGGGUGAGCCGUGACACGAAGGAGUCGCGGUGCUUCACCCUCGAAUUCUAUUUCAAGGAGAACCCGUACUUCUCGGAUAGUGUGCUCAAGAAGGAGUACAAGUGGUCUCCUGGGCCUGCAGCGGCGGAGGAAAAGCCAGAUGCGGACGGCCUGACUGGUUCAAUGAUCGACUUCUCGUGGGAGCGCGAUGUAGAGCCGCAGGCGACAAAGAUUAACUGGAAGGACGACUCAAAGAACCUGACCAAGCUCCACCCUCGUGUCACGGAUGAGGAGGGUGAUGACAUGCCUGCUGAGGCGGGGAGCUUCUUCAACCUGUUUGAAGACGCGGAGGACCCUUUCGACCUGGGAGUCCUGAUUGCGAACGACGUCUUCCCUGAGGCGACGGACUACUUCCUGGGCCGGGCUGGCGGGGAGGGGAUCGACUCUGACGACGAGGAGGACAGCGAGGACGAGGAGGACGAGGAGGAGAUUGACCUGGAGAAGCCGCGCCCGAAGAAGCAGAAGCAGGCGUAGAGGCGAGCUGCGAGGGGAGGCGUAGGCCACUCUAUCGCCGUAUGCGAGUGCCCGGCGCUGUGCUAAAAGAGGACCACCUUCCUCCAUACAUACCUGCGAGCGUGCGGCCGGCGUGCCGGGGCCGGCAGCGACAUCGAUUGCUAUACAUAGUCUGAGUGGCCCUGUGCGUUGCGCGAUAAUUAUAGUGCCCCCCG